AGUCUACUCCCCUUCUCGCUUUCUACUUAGAACAUCCUUGAAUCUUUUGGAUUCAAUCGACCUUUGUUUCUCCGGCAGUGAUUCAAUUCCUCCUUGACGAUGGACCAGCAGUCUCCGGCUCAACCCCAGCAACGUCCCCCGCCGUCACUCACAAAUCCUCGCUUUACCCUUGAACUAGAGUUCGUCUCUUCCCUCGCAAACCCCUACUAUCUUUCCCACCUGGCGGUCACUUAUCCCAACCUCCUGGGAAUCUCCAAAUCCGGCGACGACGGUAACACCGGCACCGAGGGACCAGACCCCGAAGCGCAGGCCUUCGCCUCGUACCUUGCCUACCUCUACUCUUACUGGAAAACACCUGAAUACGCGCAAUUUCUGACGCAUCCCGGCGCGACUUUACGAGCAUUGCGACUUCUACAAGAAGAGACUUUCCGUCGCGACAUCAUUCGCCCCCAAGUCAUCGAAGCUUUAGCGGGGACCGGCCUUGAGGAUGGGCCAGGUGGACAGAACGUAGAGACGGGAGACACGGAGCAUAAUGAAGGAGACCAAGGGACACAGCAAGACAAAGAGAAUACCGCUUCAAAGACAUGAUGGGCUUGCGUCAAUCGAUAAAUGAUUCUUUCGUCCAACAGCCCUCACGGCAGUGUCGUGGCAUGCUCGGCGCUCUUUUGACGUGUUCCCAAGGAGUAGACCCGGGGCACAAUUUGCUAUAUAUUGUAGACACAGGUUCUGCAGUGGAGUACAGGGCUCCCCUUAUAUUAGCGGGACUACAACGACAGUAUGAUCGUGAGAUUCAUGCAUGAUGCAGAUGAUGCAUGUUCUUACAUACAGACGAUCAUGUGUGACCGAGGCAUUCCCUCAACUGUUCUUCAUACCGAUUACAAGGAGAUCGGGGCGAGAAAGCUCCAAAAGCUUCAUGCUUUCCGAG